AUGAAAUAUAGCUCAUUGGAAUCAUCUCAACAAGACGAAUCUAAUGGUAGUAAAAUCACAUUUUUAGAAUUAAUAUUUGAUGAGAAAUUAAAAAUUUGGUAUAAAUCAAAACAUGUAGGAUUCAGAAGAUUAAAUUCAUUUUUAAAUGAAAUUUGCAAAAUUACUGAUAAGGCAAAAAUACCAGAUAUAUUAAAUGGUCAAGAUUCAUAUAAUGAACAAGUAAUUGGAAAAAAAAACAAUAAUAUUAAAAUUGCAAAAGAAGUAUUUUACGAAAAUCAACAAAAUUCUCUAAAAAAGCCAUUUUAG